CCAGGAGUUUGAGACCAGCUUGGACAGCAUGGUGAAACCUCGUUUGAUAUGGUUUCGCUGUGUCCCCACCUAAAUCUCAUCUUGAAUGGUAACUCCCGCAAUUCCCAUGUGUUGUGAGAGGAAUCAGUGGGAGGUGAGUGAAUUAUUUGGCAGCAGGGAGAGGGGGGGUCUUUCCUGUACUGUCUUCCUGGUAGUAAAUGAGUCUCACAAGAUCUGAUGGUUUUUAAAAUGAGAGUUUCACUACACAAGCUUCUUUUUGCCUGCUGCCAUCCAUGUAAGACAUGACUUACUCCUCCUUGCCUUCCACCAUGAUUGUGAGGCCUCUCCAGCCACUUAGAACUGUGAGUCCGCUUUUCCUAAAUUCCCCAGAUCCUAGAAAUCCAGCCCUUCUGCCCUCCGGAGGCGCCUUUCCCAAGGGCACAAAGGAACAGCCUCGAAAGGGGGUCCUUCCCCGGCUGAGAACCAGGAAUCUUCCCCCAGCCCGCGCGCGUGACUGGCCGGUGCGCCGCGGCCUGCGAUGCGACAUCUGGGCUUAGAACCGAGGGUGGACUCACCGCGCCUAACGAAUGUUCAGCUCCAACUAUUUGCUUCUGGAUGGAACGACGGAAUAUCACUCUGCGCCCAGGCUGGAGUGCAGUGGUGCAAUCUCGCCUCACUGCAACCUCCACUUCCUGGGAUCAAGUGAUUCUACUGCCUCAGCCUCCCAGGUAACUGGGAUUACAGAAUGGAGAUCUCCUCUCAUCAGUCUCACCUUCUGCAGCAACUGAACGAGCAGCGCAGGCAAGAUGUAUUUUGUGACUGCAGUAUUCUAGUUGAAGGGAAGGUCUUCAAAGCACAUCGAAAUGUAUUAUUUGCUAGUAGUGGCUACUUUAAAAUGCUUCUUUCUCAGAAUUCAAAGGAGACAAGUCAGCCAACCACAGCUACAUUUCAGGCUUUCUCCCCUGACACCUUUACAGUUAUCCUGGACUUUGUAUAUUCUGGUAAACUGUCUCUUACUGGUCAGAAUGUCAUAGAAGUGAUGUCAGCUGCUAGCUUCCUGCAGAUGACUGAUGUCAUAAGUGUAUGUAAGACUUUUAUUAAAUCUUCCUUAGACAUUAGUGAGAAAGAGAAAGAUCGCUAUUUCAGUCUCUCAGAUAAAGACGCCAAUUCUAAUGGUGUAGAACGCUCCUCAUUUUAUAGUGGUAGCUGGCAAGAAGGAAGCAGUUCUCCACAUUCUCACCUAAGCCCAGAGCAAGGAACUGGUAUAAUAAGUGGAAAAUCCUGGAGUAAGUAUAAUUAUCAUCCAACUUCCCAGAGGAAUACUCAACAACCCUUGGCCAAGCAUGAACCAAGGAAAGAGUCCAUUAAAAAGACCAAACAUUUGAGAUUGUCACAGCCUUCUGAAGUUACUCAUUAUAAGUCAAGCAAACGAGAAGCACGAACAUCCGAUUCUUCCAGCCAUGUUUCCCAGUCUGAAGAACAAGCACCAAUUGAUGCUGAAAUGGACUCUACUGCUGUUGGCUAUCAGUACAGUCAAGGAUCUGAUAUCACAUCCAAAAGUUUUCCAGGUGAUCUGCCCCGGAUGCGAUUCAAGUGCCCAUACUGCACACACGUGGUAAAGCGGAAGGCAGACCUAAAGCGCCACCUUCGUUGUCAUACGGGAGAAAGGCCCUAUCCAUGUCAAGCUUGCGGAAAAAGAUUUAGCAGGCUAGACCAUCUAAGUAGCCAUUUUCUAACAAUUCACCAGGCAUGUAAACUCAUCUGCAGAAAAUGUAAACGUCAUGUGACAGAUCUAACAGGGCAAGUGGUACAGAGGGGAACCAGGCACUACAGACUGUGUAAUGAGUGUCUUGCAGAAUUUGGCAUUGACAGCCUCCCCAUUGACUUGGAAGCUGAACAACAUCUUAUGUCCCCAUCAGAUGGAGAUAAGGAUUCCAGAUGGCACUUGAGUGAAGAUGAGAAUAGAUCCUAUGUGGAGAUUGUAGAAGAUGGGUCUGCUGAUCUGGUCAUCCAACAGGUUGAUGAUAGUGAAGAAGAAGACGAAAAAGAAAUUAAGCCCAACAUUAGGUAGCUGUAAUGUGAACCAGCAGAGCUGGCAUGUCUGCAAUUUACAUUGACUUCCUCUCUCUUUCUAUGGUCAGAAUCUAGUUAACAAAUUUAUCAAACUGACUUUAAAGAAAUGACCUGAUAUAACUUGCAUGCUUUCUGAACAGGCCAUUGUAUCCAUUCUGAACUUUGUUGCCCUAAAAUGUAUUGCUGCACUGGAAAGAAAGAACUAGCUUGAGUUGGCAUGAUGGAUGAACAAUUAUCCUCUUACUUUCAUUACAGUCCUCUUACUUUAUUACAGAGAUACUUUUUCUUUUAAUAUUGGAAGAUCUACUUAGCACAUUUUUUCAAAGAAAUACUUUAAAUAAAUUCACCAC